GUGUGAACAGGUGAGGUCACGUGGCAUAAGGUGACGUCACUUGGGUUAGCCUGGCUUAAUAAUAAUAAUGAGAGGCUGAGGACGUGCGCCCCACUGGGUCCCACGAAAGAAUGAAGCUGCGCCCGAUUUCUGGUUGAAGUUUAAAGAAAGUGUCCUCCUGGCGUGGCCAUGGAGACUUCCCCAUUUCCCAACCGGUGCGUUGCAGGCCUCCACGCGGCGGGAUGGGCGUUGAUUCUACCCUGCUUCUGGUUUCUUGACCGACUCAUCGCUGUGUGCAAGUCUACCACACUUGAGAAGACGCAGAGGCUAGAAGAAGGAUGCUACCUCCGUCCCCUGAAAGUUGUUUUUGGCUCCAUCGCUUUCAGUAUUCUUUUUCUCCUCACGGCGCCUGUAGCCUUGCUGGGCUUCCUGCUGUGGGCGCCGCUGCAAGCGUGGCGCAGACCCUUCUGCUACCACCGGGAGGCGACAUCGUUGCAGUGUGAGUCACACCGAGGCUUUGAACUGGAAGGGAAGGCGUCGUUUUGUUUCGCAUCGGCCAAUUUGUGUCUUCUACCGGAUAGCCUAGCUCGCUUCAAUAACCUGGGACACACCCAACGCAGGGCGCUAGCCAUUGGCGAAUGCAUAGCCAUGAGCGUGAGCCGACCCAACAUCCGCAUCUUUAUCGACUCCCCCAGCAGCUGCAGUACCGUCAGCCCCUCCGAUAGCAUCGUCCCCGCGGUCAAUUCGUCCUCGUUUAGCGCUACAGACCGCCAGGUUCCACCUCCAGAGAGUGAUGUCUCGGGAGGAAAGCCUAGCAACCAAGUUGAGGUGGCGCCCAUCCAGCAUAACUCCAACCAGAACUCCAACCAGCAGGGCCAGCGCAGCGCCCCCCGCGCUUUGCUCUCCCGUGGUCUUGGCCAGCAGGAUGAUGUCCCCUGGGAAGUGUCGACAUUUUUCCCCGCCAACGUGGACAUCCUCUGCUUAGAGGAAGUGUUCGAUAAGAGAGCCGCGCAGAAACUCACCCGGGCGCUAAGUCCUCUGUUUGGUCACAUUCUCUACGACAUUGGAGGGUAUGCCUGCCAGCCGCCGUGCAGCUGUUCCACUUUCAAGUUCUUCAACAGCGGCCUCUUCCUUGCCAGUCGCUUCCCCAUCCAGGAGGCCCAGUACCACUGCUUUCCCAACAGCCGAGGAGAAGAUGCCUUGGCUGCCAAGGGCCUCCUCGCUGCUAAGGUGGUGAUUGGGAAGAACCAGAAGCAGAGCGAAGUGGUUGGUUAUUUUAACUGCAUCCACCUUCACGCACCAGAAGGCGAAGGAGAGAUCCGCUGCGAGCAGCUGAACAUGGUGACCAAGUGGAUCGGGGAUUUCCAAGCCGCCAACAGACAACCCGACGAGGAAGUGGCUUUCGAUGUACUUUGCGGCGACUUUAACUUCGACAACUGCUCGCCAGAUGACACUUUGGAACAGAAUCACUGUCUCUUUGAGGAAUAUAAAGACCCUUGCAGGGCGGGGCCCGGGAAAGAGAAGCCCUGGGUCGUUGGUACUCUACUAGAGCAGCCGACGCUAUACGAUGAGUGUGUAAACACCCCGGAAAACCUACAAAGGACUUUGGAGAGCGAGUUGCUCAGAAAGCGUUACAUCUGCCCCCCCGUCCCCGCCUCAGACUCGCCGUUGGUUUACCCCGAAACCGACCAACCGUGGAUCGGACGGCGGAUUGAUUAUAUCCUCUUUCGGGAAAAGUCCAUCUCAAAGCACUGCAGAACAGAAGUGGAAGAAGUAUCGUUUAUUACCCAGCUGGCUGGCCUAACAGACCACAUCCCUGUGGGCUUGAGACUAAAUGUAACCAUGGACUCGUGAUGGUGUGGGGACAUAGUGUUGUGUUCAGGUUCACAGAAAGGGACCAAAUGUACACGUUUACAUUGCUAAAAAAAAAAAAAAAAGCCAUAAUUUUAAAAUGUUUACAUCAUUUAAAAUGGGAUUUGCUGCUGAUGCAUUCACAUAUCUGACGUAUGUGAAAUAUCUCAGGUGGUAUUUAAAUUUAAUAAAUAUAUGGGUUUGCCUGGAUACGCCCCAUGUUGUA